CCCCCCCCCAGGCCCGCACGAUGCUGGCGGUGCAGCGGCUCGUGCGGGGGGCGCUCUCCGCCAGGGGCCUUGCCCGGCUCACCUUCCAGGAGGUGGGGACGGCGCCCCCCAAGAAGACGACCUUUGGGUCCCUAAAGGAUGAAGACCGCAUCUUCACCAACCUCUACGGCCGCCAUGACUGGAGGCUGAAGGGGGCCCUGAGUCGGGGCGACUGGUACAAGACAAAGGAGAUCCUGCUGAAGGGGCCCGACUGGAUCCUGAGCGAGGUCAAGACCUCAGGCCUGCGGGGCCGCGGAGGGGCCGGCUUCCCCACCGGCCUCAAGUGGAGCUUCAUGAACAAGCCAUCUGAUGGCAGGCCAAAAUACCUGGUGGUGAAUGCAGAUGAGGGGGAACCAGGGACUUGCAAGGACCGGGAGAUCAUAAGGCAUGACCCCCACAAGCUGGUGGAGGGCUGCCUUGUAGGGGGCCGGGCCAUGGGUGCCCGGGCUGCCUAUAUCUACAUCCGGGGCGAGUUCUACAAUGAAGCCUCCAAUCUGCAGGUGGCCAUCAGGGAGGCCUAUGAGGCCGGGCUGAUUGGCAGGAACGCCUGCGGAUCUGGCUACGACUUUGAUGUGUUUGUGGUGCGGGGGGCUGGGGCCUACAUCUGUGGGGAGGAGACGGCGCUCAUCGAGUCCAUUGAGGGCAAGCAGGGCAAGCCCCGCCUCAAGCCACCCUUCCCCGCGGAUGUGGGCGUGUUUGGCUGUCCCACCACCGUGGCCAAUGUGGAGACGGUAGCCGUAUCCCCCACCAUCUGCCGCCGUGGCGGGUCCUGGUUUGCCAGUUUUGGCCGGGAGCGGAACUCGGGCACCAAGCUCUUCAACAUCUCUGGCCACGUCAACCACCCCUGCACCGUGGAGGAGGAGAUGUCUGUGCCGCUGAAGGAGCUGAUAGAGAAGCAUGCUGGGGGUGUGACUGGUGGCUGGGACAACCUCCUGGCGGUGAUCCCCGGCGGCUCGUCUACACCCCUGAUCCCCAAGUCUGUAUGUGAGACGGUCCUGAUGGACUUUGAUGCGCUGAUCCAAGCUCAGACGGGGCUGGGCACUGCCGCCGUCAUCGUCAUGAACCGCUCGACAGACAUCGUGAAAGCCAUUGCCCGCCUCAUCGAGUUCUACAAACACGAGAGCUGUGGCCAGUGCACGCCUUGUCGGGAGGGUGUGGACUGGAUGAACAAAGUGAUGGGGCGCUUCGUCAAGGGGGACGCCCGUGUGUCUGAGAUCGAUGCACUCUGGGAGAUCAGCAAGCAGAUCGAGGGCCACACCAUCUGUGCCCUGGGUGACGGGGCCGCCUGGCCAGUGCAGGGCCUGAUCCGCCACUUUCGCCCAGAGCUUGAGGAUCGGAUGCACCGUUUCGCCAAAGGCUAUUCAGCCCGCCAGGCCGCCUAGGCUGGAGCGUGCCACCCCUCUCCCCCUUCCUGGGCUGGUCUGUGUGAAUAAAGUCAGGACUGCCCUCGGGCCGCUGCUGAGUUUCUAUGUA